CAGAUCCGGACUGACGGGCCCUGAGGGAGCAGCGCCCGCAGCGUGGCUCGCCCUGCCUCCUCCUCCUCCUCCACCGGGCAGAUGCGGCUCCCUCAGCUCCCUCCCAGGCCCCGCCGGCCGGCAACGGCCGCUCCGGCUCCUCCAGCUCCUCCGUUCCCUCCGGGCGCGGCCGCGGCGACCGGGCCCUGCGCGGGAAGCGGGAGGCCGCCGUGCGCAUGCGCAGCGCCAGCGGGCGCCAUCGCCGGCCGCCACCGUCCCGGCGUGCCCCGCGCGGCGCCAGCGGGGCGGGCUCUCCUCACACAAAGGCGCAGCGCUGGGAAAAUGGCGGCGACGGCGGCGGUAGCGGCGGCCACGGAGAGCGCCGGCGGCAAAAUGGAGGAACCGGCGGCGGCUGCAGCGCCGGCGGCGGCUCCGCCACCACCUAACGGGGCAGGCGGUGCUGGGGAUGCGCCCCCCAAGAGUGAAAGUGAACGACCAAGCCAAAAUGAAAAAAGAAAAGAGAAAAGUGUCAAAAGAGGAGGAAAUCGCUUUGAGCCAUAUGCUAAUCCUGCUAAAAGAUACCGAGCUUUUAUUACAAAUAUUCCGUUUGAUGUGAAGUGGCAGUCUCUGAAAGACCUGGUCAAAGAGAAAGUUGGUGAGGUAACAUACGUGGAGCUCUUAAUGGACGCUGAAGGAAAGUCAAGGGUAAGUGUUUGAGAGAUUUCUUCUGUGGAUUUUCUACAUGACAAAUGUAACUGUAUGGUGGCGUGGAACGAAAGGAAG